GAGACGGCGUAACGCCACGGUGGGAGUCAGUUCUGUUAUAGUAGGCCACGAGGCAGCAGCAACUCUCGUGCUCCUGCAGGCCCCGCUCGCGUACACAGCACACGUCGGCUUCGCUCUCUCUCUCCUCGUUUCGGCGCGCGCGCGGCGAGCGAGUAUCGUUCGUAACGUGUAAAAAAAGAAAACCACGUACGCGCGAACGGCACGCCGCGUUUCGAGAGAUCAAAUUUCGGGACGGAUGUUAUCCUGUUGGUGAACUUGUUGAAGAAAAAUAAAUAAAUAAAGAACCGAGAGGGACAGCUCGAUCAGAGAAGGAAUCACGUGCGAAAGCGAUCGAAGCGAAUCCGAAUGUCGGAUCGUCGCGACUUUCGUUGCGCUUCGUUUUCGGCAUCAAUCAACGCCUGAACGAGAACGUGAAAUCCUGCUGGCGGUUCCUCGCGCACCCGUUCUCGCCGUUUCGUCGCGGAUAUGUCGGAACGUCAGUAAUAACGGCGAGCACUUGCGCAAGAGAGGCGAAUUCGGUGCCCGAUUUCUUUCACGGCGGAGAAAGCAGACGGCUGAUCGAGUCGACAAGUAUAAACCGCGCGAUGCAGCGCCAGAGUUUCCUGUCUCUAUCUCAAUCCGCUCCGGCCACAAAAUAAACCAACCACCCAUGAUGAAGAAAUCGCGCUCGGCGCGUUUUACGUUUUGAUUUUCUUACACUGAUUUUUCCUGCAUUGAUAAUUUUUUUACGUGACCGCGCGCGACCUAGAACCAUCGGUCUAAGAGCUAUCACUUCGAACGAAUUUCCUGCAUGUCAAUGGCGAAUUCCUUUAUAAUGUCACGGUACUAGAAAGGGCGAAUACACGCGAUCGGCCUUGCGGGAGAAGUAAUCCGGAUCGAAGUAAACGAUUCGUCGAGCCAUAUUUUUCUCUUUAAUAUACAGACAGAAACACUUGUCUUGCCGGCUCUAUCGCAAGGUAUACAAACAGCAAGAUGCAAGCCUGACGUUUUCGUGUUUUUCCGAUGCGAUUCACCGUGAAACGAUGGGUUUCUAACCAUCCACAAUGAUGGUGGACUUUUAAAAGAGGUUUCCGGGAUUGUCCAGAGACGUGAGAUGAUUGGCAAACUCCUUCUGGCUCUUUGGAUAUUACGAUGGACCAGUUUUAUCGCAGAACCCGUUGCGGGACAGGUGUUCUCGUCCUUCGACGAAAGUUCAGACGAAAAGUACGACAUGGAAAUCUUUCGCGCGGUCGUCGAAUCAAUGAGGCAAUGGACGCUUCACAAAAAGCUCAAUCACAGAGGAAAAAGAGAGGUGUCCAAGGUUUGCUAUGAGGACAUCGGGUGCUUCGAGGAUACCGGACCAUUCAGUUAUCUGGAGAUGCUGCCGUCACCGCCGAAGGAUGUCGGAACUAGAUUCCUCGUGUACGGAAGCAGAAAGGCAAGAUCGAUCCCCAUGGAGGUGCCCGCCGACGACAUAAACGACAAUGCUCACCGUGCCAUAGAUCCCAAUCUCCCGACGAAAGUGAUCGUUCACGGAUUUGGAAGCGACUGCAACCACUUGUGGGUUUACGAUAUGCGAUCGGCGUUAAUGAGCAUUCACGAUUGCAAUAUAGUUUGCGUGGAUUGGGGACCCGGUAGCGCGGUACCCAAUUACGUAAGGGCGGCGGCCAAUACACGAUUAGUUGGCCGACAAUUGGCAAAGCUAAUCCGCAGCUUAAACGUGCCGCUGGAAAAGGUGCAUAUGAUAGGAUUCAGUCUGGGAGCCCACGUGGCCGGAUUCGCCGGUGCUGAGCUCGGAAAUGUGUCCAGAAUUACCGGACUGGAUCCCGCGGGGCCGCUCUUCGAGUCGCAGGACCCGAGGGUACGUCUGGACGCGACGGACGCGAAUUUCGUCGACGUUAUUCACAGCAACGGCGAGCAGCUCAUCCUGGGCGGGCUCGGCUCCUGGCAGCCCAUGGGCGACGUGGACUACUAUCCGAAUGGCGGAAAAAUGCAAAGCGGGUGCUCGAACAUCUUCGUCGGCGCCGUUAGCGACAUCAUCUGGUCGAGCGCGGUCGAGGGCAGAUCGUUGUGCAACCAUCGGCGGGCGUACAAGUUCUUCACCGACUCCGUGAGCCCGAAAUGUCGUUUCCCGGCGUUUCCCUGCGACCACGGUUACGAGGGCCUGCUGAAGGGUGACUGUUUCCCCUGCGGCAACAACGGCGCGGAUCGGCCCUGCGGCGACAUGGGCUAUUACAGCAACGAAUCGCCUGCUAGGGGCCAGCUUUAUCUGGUGACGAGGGACGAGGAGCCUUUCUGCGCUCAUCAGUAUCAGAUCAAGGUGUACAACAGCCGGAGCGAGAGAUCCGCCAGGAGCUACGGCAAGCUUCAGAUUACACUUGUGGGAAAAGGUUCUUACAACGACACGUUUGCGAUGACUCGUAAGGAUGAGGAGCUUUUGGUGGGAGCCAUUCUUCAGAAAAUUGUUGUGCCGCAUCCUGCGGUUACUCAACUCGAAGCAAUUGAAAUCAAAUACACGGCGUACAGCGGCUGGAUAUCGUCCGGCUUGGUGACCUGGACCAUCGACAAGGUGGCCAUAAUGGACAGUUUCGGCAAGAUUCUGUCGGUUUGCAACAAGGGCUUGAUUCUGGAAUCCGGUCGGUCGGUCUUCCUGCCCCUUUACCCGGGCGAAUGCAACAUACCUCUGGACACGCUCGACAACUCCACCGUGUCUCCUCCGUCUCCCUCGGUGCCGACGCUCGAGCGCGUGGCGAUGGAGGACAGGCAGGGCGGCAUAGGGCCCUUCACGAAGGAGCAAAAUUACGAGACGAAGGAUCCGGGAUACUCCGUGGAGAUCCUGCCGACGGACAGGACGUCUUCGCAGAAGUCCCGGGGUUUCGGGCCGUUCACGAAGGAGCAGAAUCGGCGCGUCGCCGAGGUCGUCGAGACGGCGACGACCUACGAUGAGGCGGAGAAGCGGCGCAACGUCGCGAAUCCGUGGAUCGUCCUCGACAUAUCCGGCGACGGCGACUCGAACUCGCUGGAGAACGCCGAGUCGGAGCAGGGGCGGAGCUUCUCCGGCGCCGCGGCGAACCUGAUCUACCGCGCCUCGACGGCGCCGGAGCGCGUCGCCGAGACCACCGCGACCACCGUCGCCACCACUACGGAGCGGGAUCACCUGCCGGAGAUCCGGGAACCGGUGCUGCGCCCGAGCAAGAAGGACGCCGGCCGGUCGCUCAAGCUGCCCGAGAUCACGGAGCCGAUCCUGCGUCCGCGUGCCACCAGGCACAACUCGCGGAACGAGGUGGUGAUGAACGAGCAGCAGCAGCAGCAGCAGCAUCACGAGAGGCAGCACGACGAGAUACAGGAGACGUCGUCGACCUCCACGAGAGCAUUCACCGUGCAGUUUCUACCCGAGCGGCUGGCCGGCAUCCUGGCGCAGGCGGAGCGAUACGCUCGGCAGACCCUGCUGCCCCUGAUCUCGCAGUACACGCCGAGCUUCGUGACCGGCAUACGGCAGCCCAACGAGGAGCCCAAGUACUUUCCCCUCUUGAGCGACAUAGUGCGAGGGCGAAGCGCCGACAACUCCGCCGAGACGACCGGCAGGACGUCCAGCGUCCGACAACGAAACGGAGAUCAGAUCGUUCGAGUGGAGAUCGGUCCGCGCAAGUCCGACAAGUCGAACGACGGACGUCGUCACGAGGAGUCCACCACGAGCGCGCAAACGGAGAGCGGCAAGGCCGGGCAAGCCGUAGCGAGAGCCGAGGAGGUGUCGCCGAUGAUAGUCGAGGCUGUGUAUCCGGAGAAAAUCGCGAACGCCAAUUCCACCGGUCUCGAGGCGAGAACGACGGCGAGCGAGAGUAGCGAUUGGCGUCCAAUGGGUGAACCGCGGGCGACCACCUUGAAGAACUCGCCGUCGCGUAGAGACUCGAACGUUUCGCGAUCGCUGGACUGGUCGGUCGACAACAGCCGCGACUGGACCUCGCGAGCGGCGAACGCGAAAACUGUACUCGAGUCUGACGAUGACGACUGGGUGCCGAUCACGGUCAAGAGCGAUCUCGCUGCCUCGACGACCGCGCGAGUCGCGACGUCGAGCGAGGAAACGGCGACGAAGAUCGACGCCGUCGACAAUUCGCGGAAAUCCGCCGAGGGCGGUGUCGUCCUCGACGAGGCGAGAGAGGAAGCCACGACCGUCGCCGCGAACGCGUACGAGAGGAAAUUCAUACCUCUGGUCGACCCGGAGGCGGCGACGAUCGGCGGCCCGUCCUCGUCGACCGACGCAAACGACGUUCCCGACACCACGACGGCUGUCUCGCAUAUCCAGAAGAUCCCGCGAUUCAAGACGACAGUAAAAAGUGCCAGAACAAUAAACCCCACGAUGAUGUUCCCGUACGCUUACGAGCGGAAGAACGAUCCUAGAACGAGAUACAUACCGCUGAUCCCGGAGGAGGACAUGGGCAGGGCUUAUCCGAUGUCAGAGAGAGAUCGUUAACAUUACGCCGAAGAACGAUUUGAAAAAUAUGUCUCAGAUUUCAAGACUCAGUUUCUUUUUUUUACAUUAAAACAUUCGCGAAAUGCAAGAUUCUAUCUUCUAAAGAGCACUGUUCAACAUUAUCUAUCAUGAUCGGGAAUCUAACUUUUUAUCUCUUCGGCAAAAUUCAGAAUUCAUUUUUAUAAGGUCAUCUCCUUAUUUAUUGUAAAAACGACGAUGUCAAAAACUCAGAAAUCCGUGGGAUUGCCGACGUCAUGUAGAAAACGGAAAAUCAGCAGUAAUUUGGAUUAGCUUAAUCAAGUAAGAAUGUCAUAAUUCGUGUUUUUAAAGGAUUAUAGAAGCCGUGCGAUGUUUUCCCGUUGAAUAAAAUCGUUUUGUCAGAUAUAAAUUAUAAAAAAUUGAAGCUACAUACAUUAUGUGAGCGGUUCUUUGUCGACCACGUCAUUUCUAAGUUGGAAUGAUAGUUUGAUUUGUAAUAAAUAUUUCUCGAAGUAAAUUUUAAAAUAAAAAUUUCGCGAAGGGUACAACUAAUAGUCUGUGAUGAGAAAUAAUGCGAUUAAUGAUUUAAAAAAUCAGUGUUCAGACUCUCCCUGUCUCUUGCCUCAAAAUUAAACGCGCUAUUUCUUGUAUGGCGGUGAUAAGAUGUUAGAUAUAGAAUAAAAACAUAAUUUUUGUCAAAGUGAAAUAUAUCGUGCCUUAUAA